GCUCCGAUAUUUCUAUCAGCUCCACAUUUUUACCAAGCAGACCAAAAGUUUAUAGAGGACAUAGAGGGCAUGCAUCCGAAGAAGGAAUAUCAUGAGACGUUUCUGGACAUCAAUCCUCUGACAGGGCUUGUCCUGAAAGCAGCCAAGCGCAUGCAGAUCAAUGUUCACGUCAGAAAAUUACCUGAAUUUUUUGAAACAGGCAACAUCCGAACACUAAUUUUCCCAGUGAUGUAUAUAAACGAGAGUGUUCUGAUUGAUGAAGCGUCUGCCAGCAAACUCAAGCACAUCCUGCUGGAAGCCAGUGUUGUGACUGGAAUCCCCUUCGUAAUCAUGACUCUAGGAGUUGUUUUCGGGAUUGUGUUUAUUGUGCUCGUGUGCAGGUCCCGGGGAGUGAGUGAAGAGAGUACUGAAGAUGAAAGGUCCCCACUCAUCAGGACAUCUUAGUAGAUUUUCUUUAAUGUGUGAGCUUGGAGAAUAAACUGUUAGAGCUGACCUAAUACCAACUACCAGUACGCAGCGUUGUCCGCUGUGGAGAAACGAUCGUGUCAAGUAUAGCUUCUUGCGGUAUAGAGGUGGAAGAGAAUCUGCACUGUCAUCAAGGGAGGAGACUUUUCUUACCAGCUAAGUUACAACUCUAAAACUACAUUUUAAAACUGCUUGAGAGCCUGCUUUUUUUCGACCCCGCACUCUCUUUGUACCUGCACUGACAGCCAUAGACGAUCAUAACCACUGCAUCGGCGAAAAUAAAAUGGCCUGAUUCAUUACAGAAACGACACGGGUAGAAUUUGCGAACGGCGUUAGGACUGUGGGCUGCAGAGUACCCCGUAGAAACGGAGCAGGCUCCUG